UUCCUUCCCUCUUCCCUUGUUCAAAGCCUUGGUUCACGGUCACUGACGCUGGGACAACAUGCAGCUCGGCAUCAUCGUUGGUCUUUUGUCCACAAGCGUUCAGAGCCUGGGCCUCACGCUCCAACGGAAGUCGCAUAUUCUCGAAGACGAAAAGGUACCGUACGAUGUGAGGCGGCCUCCAUACCGAAGGAGGAGGUGGCAGCUGGGGAUGGCAAUGUUCAUCAUCUCCAACGUGGUUGGGAGUUCGGUCCAGAUUUCCAUGCUCCCGCUGCCUGUUCUCUCGACUCUGCAGGCCUCAGGUCUGGUAUUCAACUCGAUCUGCGCCACGCUUAUCCUUGGGGAACCGUUUACGAGAUGGUCACUAUGGGGGACGCUACUGGUUUGCGCCGGGGCCGUCCUCAUCGCCGUUUUUGGGGCGAUCCCGUCGCCGGCACACAAGUUGAGCGAGCUGCUGGACUUGCUGGGGAGAAGACCCUUCGUGCUUUGGAUGGCCUUCCAAGCCCUCUUCGUCAUCAGUCUCGCGGUCGCAACCGAGCUCGUGAGCCACUUCACGACGCUGAUGCAAGAUCCACGGUUCCGUCUCGCGCGGGGCUUCUCGUAUGGAUGCAUAAGCGGAACCCUGUCAGCGCACUCCCUUUUGGUGGCCAAAUCAGCCGUUGAGCUCAUCGUCAGGACAAUCGCCGACGGCGAUAACCAGUUCGUUCACUGGCAGUCGUGGAUGCUAGUUCUCGGCCUCGUCACCCUUGCUCUCUCCCAGCUGUACUACCUUCACCGGGGCCUCAAGCUGGUCUCGACAUCCGUUUUAUACCCGCUCAUAUUCUGCAUUUAUAACAUCAUCGCGAUUCUGGACGGCCUCAUCUAUUUCCGCCAAACCGACCUCAUCAACCCGUUACGCGCUUGCCUUAUCGCCCUUGGCACCGUUGUCCUCCUCUCUGGCGUCCUCGCGCUGUCUUGGCGCCUCAGCGACGAGCAGCACACACCAGGCGUUGGGCAGUCAACGCUCGCGCCCGGUCUAGGGCUCCUCGAGGACACUGACGCCGAGGAGGAGGGCGAAGAUGUUUCGUUGCGUUCGGCUCUCCUCAGCGAGGGCGAGACUGCGGUAGCAACGCAGUCUAACUAUCAAACAUUCGAGACGCCGCUGUCUCCCGAGCUCUCUACGGCAUCUGCUGCUGCACCUGCGCCCCAGAGACCGAGCUUGAUGGCCCGUUCGACAAGGGCGGCCUCGUCCAGAUGGGCAGAACAGGCCGAGAUCUGGGGCGAGCUCGAAGACCGCAGCACGCCGGAGCCAGCAUCUCCCUCCUUCAACAGACGCCGGUCAACUACCCUACCCGACCGCAGAAGCUCGCCUUCGUUAGGGCCUGUGAGACGCGAAACAGCUGAUUCAGAGCAGGUUGGAGCGAACGAAGAGGCAGAGCCACUUCUCUCGUCGCCCAGGGGCAAUUUCAGGAGGAGGCGGAAGUCGACCGGGUUUCCGGGCUUUACAGCGCGGAAGACCACGGGCCGCAAGACGUCAGGGGGCAUUCAGACCCUGGCGCGUAGUGUGUUUGGGAUGAAGUGGUGGGGCAGUAAGCCGAGGCAAGCGAUGCCGACAGACGCCCCAAGAGCGAGUUUUGGAAGUUGGGCAGUGCCGCCAUAUAGAGAUGAUCUGGAGUCAGGUUUGGCAGGGCCUUCGGCGGAGGGAAGAACGUCGCUAGCACCUGGCUCGAAGGCAAGCCAAAUGUCGGAGUCGAGGGAUACUAGGCCUGGUGAUACCCCAGUAUAAUCCAAGUUUUGUUUUCGCUGCUUCGUCAAACGGGCGUUCUAAAUGGAUUGGCAUUGACAUGUGAUUUGGCUUGGUGUAUGUGGCACAGGCGUAGGCUUUGAUUUCAAUGCACUCCAUAAGGUGUAGGUACUUGAUAUACAAGACAUCGUCCCAUCCUACGAUCCCGCCAACUCGGCCACUGCUGACUGACGACUCUUCCUUGCCGAGUUUAUGGGUUCACAAACUAGUUCUCUCUCUUUGCCGAGCCAAGGUCGAGAAAGGCCAAACCUCAUAGUCUUCACUACCGAAGGG